AUGAACCAGACGGACACACACGAUUUGUCGGACAUGUACUCAAACCUUCAGACGCUGGAGCAGGCUGUUUGUAACUGGCGGCAGCAACAGCAGAAGUACAAGGAAGUGAGUUGCAAGCUCUGGUUCCACAAUCUGGAGCUUCCUAAAGACCGAAAAACCAGAUUCGUUAGUCAGGAUGAGGUUUCCGUCUUUGUGAACGGUCAGAAGAUGGAUGGAAGUCAUACGGGAGAUUUGAUUGUUGAUUUUAACACGGGCGAUGACGAGGUGGAAACAACGGUUCUUACCUUCCUUGGAGAAUGUGUUUUACCGUCAGGAUGGCAGCUACAGCCGAAUUUCACCGUCGGGUGCUACUUGAUUGCAGCCAACAGUGUGCAUUCCCAGAUGUUUGUCUCUAUGACAAUAGAAGGAUUGGUAGACUCCAGUGGAGUGGAAAGAACGAAGUCCGAGUUUCUGUACGAAACAGACACGGUUUUUCUGAACAAGAGCCUUUCGGAAGGAUAUUUGAAACUGGAUAUGGGAAGCACAACACAGAUCAAGGUCAGACAGGACCCAGCACACAAACUAUUCAACACACAAUUAUUCAAGAUCCUUCCAAACAUUCAAACCUCGUCUGAUUUGUUUGAGUAUUGUCCCGGGAACCUUUUGCUUCGAACGUCUCUGAUUUCCGGGUUUGCCAACUUCCUGAACUUUGUCCUGAACAUGGUCACCUUGGCGUACUUCAAAAGACUCACAACCAUCACCAGCACGCUUUCCAACUUUUGCAUGCUGGUUGCGUCUCUGUCGCUCACAACGCUCGUUGUUCUCCUGCACAUCGACGCUACCGGAACAUUUCAACAGCUUACAAUGUCCUAUAAAUACUUCUUCUACUGGUGGUUUGUGGUGGCUGUCCACUUUCUUAUUUCGGUUGCAAUUGGUAUCUACUUUUUCAUCGCGGAUGAAAAAUACAUUAUGAGCAAAGUCGUCAGCGGCAGACGGAUGUACGUGAACGACCGGCCAACGAUGGAGUUUGUGAUAUUUUUCCAGCUGACCACGUCGUUAAUGGUUUUACUGAUGUUCACGUUUUCCGUGCUCAAGGCGAAAAGAAGACUCAACAAUUUCCUGAACCUCACGAUCAAGUGCCAAAACACAAGCCUAUAG